AGUCAAAACUCCAGAUCCACACAGCUUUCUUGUGCAAGCAGUGACAGUGAGAGCUUAACAACCAAAAAUGGUGAAAUUAACAGAGGACCAGGAACAAUACAUCACGGGUGUUUGGAAUGAAGUGGAACAUAGACAAAUAACUGCCAAAGCCCUGGAAAGGGUGUUCGUGGUCUAUCCAUGGACGACCAGGCUGUUUUCGAAGCUCCAGGGCCGUUUUUCAGCCUCUGAAGAUGGUGUUCAGCAACACGCAGAGAAAGUGCAAAAGGCUUUGAGCAAAGCUAUAAGCGAUUUGAAGAAAGUUGAAAGUAAUUUCCAUGCCCUCAGUGCUAAACAUCAAGAAAUCGGAGUGGACACUCAAAACUUCAAGCUUCUUGGCCAGACCUUCAUUGUUGAACUGGCUCUUCAUUAUAAGAAAGCAUUCAGACCAAAGGAACAUGCAGCUGCCUACAAGUUUUUCAGACUGGUGGCAGAAGCUCUCGCCAGCAACUACCAUUAAAUCUAUAACCUGCAGCCUCCACCACCUUCAGAAAUGCAAUGAAAACCUGUAUUAUCAGUAACUACAAUGUGCUGUUUGCUUAAAGAACUUGUGCUGCAUCAGAUAUAAGCAUUGAUAAUGUAAAUCUGGUAUAAAAUUCUUCUUUACCUGGUCAUUUUUCCUCAAACCUUGGAAAAUGUAAACAUUCCUUCUGCAUCAAUAAAGAAACAAUAUUUCCCUCAAAA